AUGCCACUGCGAACGGCGCUCACCGAGAUGUUGGGGAUCGAGCACCCGAUCAUUCAAGGAGGCAUGCAGUAUGUCGGCUAUGCAGAGAUGGCGUCUGCCGUGUCCAACGCUGGAGGCCUCGGGAUCUUGACCGGCCUCACGCAGCCCAGCCCCGAAGCCUUGCGGGCGGAGAUCCGGCGAUGUCGCACGAUGACGGACAAGCCCUUCGGAGUCAACCUCACCAUUCUUCCGGCUCUCAUUCCCGCCGACUACGAUGCCUUCGCGCGCGUGGUGGCGGAAGAGAAGGUGACGAUGGUUGAACUGGCUGCAGGGUCGCCGAAAAAGUACACGCCGAUGUGGAAGGCUGCGGGCGUCAAAGUUCUCCACAAGUCGGCCACUAUCCGUCAUGCGCUCAAGGCCCAAGAAGCCGGGGUGGACUUGAUUGAGAUUGUGGGUUACGAAGGCUCAAUUGCUGGCGGUCAGCCGGGUGAUGAGGUCGGCGCAUGGGUGUUGCUAGCCAAGGCCACCUCGAUGUUGAAAGUUCCCGUCAUUGCAGCGGGUGCAUCAGGCACUGGAAGACAGCUUGCAGCUGCCUUGGCCAUGGGGGCGCAGGGCAUCACGAUGGCCACCCGAUUCCUUUGCACCGUGGAGGCUCCAAUCGACCAGAAGGUGAAGGAGACCCUGAUGCGCCCAGACAUGGACGAGAGGAGCACCACCAUUGUCUUAGGGACGCUCAGCAACGCCACGCGGGUCUUCAAGAAUGGCGUGUCGCUGAAGAUUCGUGAAAUCGAAAGCCAAGGUGAAGUUGACUUCAGCCAAGUCAUGCCGCUGGCAAGCGGCAGCCGAACGAAGAAGAUGUGGCAAGAGACAGGGGACACCGACGAUGCGAUGUGGAGCUGUUCCCAGAGCAUCGGUCUCAUAAGUGACAUUCCAACGUGCAAGGACCUGCUCAGGCGCAUCGUGGCCGAAGCGGAAGAUCGCCUGUCCACGGGGAUGCAGUGCGUCGUCGCCGCGAAGCUUUGA